AAAUAAAAAAUUUUAUUAUGUUUCAGAAAUCUUGGGCUGAAUAGUAGACAUACAUGUGAAGCGUUAUCUUAAUUGAUUAAAAUGGGCUGGUGUGCACUGACAGGUCCCUGCUGUUGUGGCCCUUGUGAGACAAGGGUUACAAAAGGGAGCGAGAUUGUUUUUUUGUUGAACACAGGGAUAUCAGUUAUAGGAGCUGUUUUUAGUUUAAUUCUAUAUCACACCAUGAAUGCUUUUCUCGUAGGAAUUCUCUUCACAAUAAUGUUGAGCACCAAUCUCAUUGGGGCAAUUGGAAUCAAAAAGUCUAACUCGUUUCUCCCGGUUCCUGCAACUUGGAGAGCAAACGCCAAAUUUAGGGAUCGAAGCCAGCAUUUACUGUUAGUUCCCUGGAUCCUGGUGUAUGGUAUUCUCACAACAUUUAUCAUUCUCAUCUUCGUUCCUGUAUCAGUACUCUGUAUCACAAAGACUGUUCACUGGGGGUUUGAUUACUUUACGUUUGGGAUACUUUGUCUUGAAUGGAUUCUUGCAAUCCUUCUUCCUUACCAACUUUCAGUUGUUUACAGAUGUUACCGAGUAGUGCGGAAGGGGGGACAGAACUAUAUAGCCCCAGAACCCCAGGAGAUAGAUACCAGAUCAAUUAACAGUUUGGACACACAGAUUAGCAACGAUUCUACUAAAUAAUUCACCGAUAAGAAAAUAUAUAUAAACAGUGUCCAA